AUGACUGGUAUUCUAUCAUCUUGUGAUUUAUUUCUUGACAGUCCAAUGGUUAAACAUCAUUCUGACCUUCAUAAUUAUCAUCACUAUCAUAAUAGUGAUUCAUCACGAUCACCAUCUGUCUGUUCAUCAUCACUUUCACCAAAGACUUCAUCUUCAACAGGUGUUACAACUACAACGACGACAUCAAUAGUUGCAGCUGUGCCCGUAGAACCAACAGGCACUAAUACUUUAACUGAUAUUGAUCCACAAUUAGCUCAACAUGUUGAAUAUGAAUUAGGUUUAACUAAAAAGAAUGGUAGUGGUACAAGAAAAAAUGCAUGGGGUAAUUUAAGCUAUGCUGAAUUAAUUAGUAAAGCUAUUACAACAAGUGUUGAACAACGUUUAACAUUAUCAGAAAUUUAUGAUUGGAUGAUUAAAUAUGUUCCUUUCUUUCGUAAUAAAGUUGAUAGAGCCAGUAGUGCUGGUUGGAAGAAUUCUAUUCGACAUAAUUUAUCGUUACAUAAUCGAUUUAAACGUAUACAAAGUGAAGGUACAGGUAAAUCAUCAUGGUGGAUUAUUAAUCCUGAUGAAAAAAAUCCUUCAUUAAAUCUGUCUAAUGAUACAUUAUCAUCAUCAAAUGAAUUAAAACAACCACGACGUCGUUUAGGUCGAACUCCAAAAGCAUCAACAACAGCAGCAACAGCAACAGCACCAAAACGACUACGUACACCACGUACAACAAAUAAAUCCUCUCGAAUAUUACCAACAACUGAACGACAUCAAGCAUCAACUCCUCAACAAAUUCCACCAACUGACCUAUCAUCCGUACCUAUGUAUGAUGGACAUC